AUGGGUAUCGUCAAAAGUCGCGGCGCAACGAAGAAGUUGGAACCGAUGAGCAUUGGCCGUGGCGUGGUCCGCUUCAUGACACAAAAUGGCUGGCAUCGUUUCACCGUUCACGAGGACCUGAUAUGUGCCAACUCGAAACUGUUCAAGAACCGCCUACAAAAGAACCGCAAGGCAAUAGAAGGCGAAUGCUCAGUCUGCACUGAGGAGCUUAGCCCGAAGAGGGGCGUGAUCACCUUCUGCAGAGCGGAGUGUGGCCAGAACAUCCACGAAAAAUGCAUCGAGAGGUGGCAAAGAUCGCAAAAUGGACCGACGACGUGCCCGAUUUGUCGAAAGGCCUGGAAAGCGGGGACCGAGGAAAUGAUCUCUCUAGAUGAUGAGCUUGAUCGGGACGCUGUGCAACUCUAUCUCGACUGGUUAUACACUGGAAACUUACUGGUGGAUGAGCCAGAUGAAGACGAUGAACAUGAGGACAUCAAUCUUCCCCUUUUGAUGGCCUGGACUGUCUCUAGAGCUGUGGAUGACAAGAAUUUCAAACAUGCCAUCAUCGCUGAGAUGGUUUCGCGGACAAGAAGCUUCAACUACGCCUUCUGGUUCGAAUCCAUGGCAUAUGCGUUCGAGAAGCACCCGGAUGAGGAGAUGAAGGAAUUUCUUGUCGAAAGUUUCUUGACCUGCAUGGAGUCGGGUUGGUUCAAGGAAUGGGCAGAUUUGUUCCCGAAUAGUUUUGUCCAAGCAAUUGGUGAGGCUCUUUUCGAUGGAAUGACUCAAAAGCCCAAGUAUGCAGAGAUUGUGAAAAAGUACACGAACGGUGAAUACAAGCUCGUGUGAGGACUUGACGAAGAGCCACGGAAUGAGGUCAUCGAAGAGGAUUAGGUGAAAUAGGUCAAGUCGGAUGCUUGAACUCGAUAUUGCCUCAAUCUCUGCUUGAGUUCUCUGGGUCGUUUCACAAACUAUUCUCCUUUGAAUUGAAUGUCAUUUUCUCGAGAGAUAUGUAUUGCUCUUUUUUCCUCCGAGUUCAUGACU